AUGCUAAUGCAUCAGUUGCUGGCCACUAAUCCUUACAUGUCAACAGGACUAAAUACUGGCUUGCUUCAAGUACCUUGGCCUAGGACAAGGGUCCCUUCACAUCACAUGAGAGAGCUGGCCAGGGGGAAGUUUCUGGUCAAGAGUGAAGACAUUACCCUACUGGACAGCAUUGGAGAAGGGGAGUUUGGUGUGGUAUACAAGGCCAGACUGGGACUGUCUAAGAGAGUGGUGGCUGUCAAGACACUUAAAGGUGAGUUUGUUCAGGUAGAAGUGGACAAAUUUGUGGAGGAGAGUCUGAAGAUGAGUCGAUUCAAACAUGCUCAUGUGAUGGGUUUAAUUGGAGUAUGUCUUGAUGCUGGCUCCGCCCCUUACAUCAUCAUGCCUUAUAUGGCCAAUGGUAGCCUUUUGAAGUAUCUCAAGAGAGAGAGAAAUAAUAUCGUUGUUUUGGAUGAAACUGAUGAAGAUGAGCUGGGAGAGGUUCGUAAGCGGCUGAUGGUCAUAUGCUCUCAGAUAGCCAGUGGGAUGGAAUACCUGGCAGCUAACAAGUACGUCCAUCGGGACUUGGCUGCCAGGAACUGCAUGAUUGAUGCACAUUUCGUGAUCAAGAUCACAGACUUUGGUCUGUCGGAGGACGUGUUUGAGAGGAACUACUUCAGACAGGACAGCAGCAGUGGGGAGAGUGGUGAAGCUGCCCAUCAAGUGGAUGUCUCCAGAGAGCCUCAGUGA